AUGAUAAAUGGACAGAAGGUGCCCGAGUCUGACUUGUUGAGUAGCCAGGAAUCCCUGUUAGGCGACUUUUGGAUUCCCAUAUAUUCGAAAUCAACCAACAAUGCAUUUCAAGCAACACAUUUCGAACAGGCAAUGUUAAAUAUCAUAAAACAACCAAACAUAAACUCAACUGUGAUUAUGAGAGCAGAUAUACUUAAAGAGAAUGUUUAUGAUCGUGAAAAGGGAGAUACAACGUUUACUAGCAGUAAAUUAAUUUCGGAAUUUCCACAUUUUCCAUCAUCGGCAAAUUCCAAAGAACAAGUUCUUCAUCGCGAUAUUCAAGAUGUGGAAAUUAGAAAUAUACCCGAGACUAAAAUCAAUUUAACUAAGAAAUAUGAGAUUGUAAGGAGAAUCAUCCCGAGAAAUCCAUAUAAGGAUCAUAUUAUAAAUCAAACUUGUUUAAUGUUGUCCGGUGAUGAAAGCGUCUUGGUGGUUUAUAUUCCUCAUAUAACAACGAAAGAAGAGAUCCCAUUUUAUUUACCUCCAGUAUAUGGAAUUGGACUUUUAUAUCAUAAGGACAUAGUAUCGAUCCAUUAUUUGCCUUUUAAUUAUAAUGAAUCAGAAGAGGCAACAUUGCUUAAGUCAAUGUCAGCCUAUGAAAGACCAAUUCGGAUUGCCCUUCGUCUUUUGGAAACUUCAACCAAGCAUUCAGCUGGGGUCAAAGCGGGCUAUGCCAAAAGAGUUAAUCAUGAUUUAGUAGUACCCAAAAUAGAAUUCCAAAAUCGAUAUAUAUCCCUCAAGAAGAAAUACUCCCUAAAGUUAGUCAAUGAAUGGUGUGAAAGUACGGACCCGAAGAAACAUGUAUUUGAAGAUUUGGCAAUUGCCGCCUUCUUAAUAGAAUACUGGAUCCUAAAGGGACUCACUCCAGACAGUUUUGAAUUUAGAGAUAUGGGUUGUGGCAAUGGAUUAUUGGUUUAUAUUUUAAUAAUGGAAGGAUAUCGAGGACAAGGUAUCGAUGCCCGGGCCAGAAAAUCUUGGUCCAUUUAUCCAGAAAAUGUCCAACAGAACCUACUUGAACAAGUCAUAAUCCCAAGCGUAUUGCUAAAACCUCAUCCAUCAUUAUCAAGACUCGCUCCAGAUAUAACCGACAAUGGCCGUCAAUUUAAAGAAUUAGUGAAAGACAAUAGUGCGGACGGCUUUUCAAUAAAAUACCACUCCUCCAAAGAAUUACUUAACUCGGAUAAGGUCUGCACUAUGGAGGACUUCCCCAAGAAUACAUUCAUAAUCGGAAACCAUUCCGAUGAACUCACAUGUUGGAUCCCAUUAUUUGGAUUCCCAUUCAUUGUUAUCCCAUGUUGUUCACAUGCCCUCAACGGUGCAAAGGCAAGAUAUCCCCCUCGAAAACAACUUGUCACUCCCUCUCAACAAGGAGCGCCAGCUGUGCCACAAUCGUCUACAUAUGCGUCAUUGGUAGAUCACGUUGAGGAUAUAUCUGGAAUGAUGGGCUGGAAAAUUGAGAAAGAAAUGUUGAGAAUUCCAAGCACGCGAAACGCAGCCAUUAUUGGUCAUGAGAAGUAUAUUAAUGAGAGUGAGGAGGCGUCGAUGUUGAGGACUUUGGAUUUGAUUGCAUUGGAAGGUGGGGCUGAGGGAUGGGUUGAAAAUUCGAUGAUGUUGAUGAAAAAGGCACCUAGAAAUCAUUAG